AUGGAACCGCCCAAUAAGGGGCGAGGUUUCCCUGCGCCGCCAGCAGCAGCCUCCGCCAAGACCAUUAUCGGAAAGUCCAUUGGGCCAACCGGCUACGGACUGAUAGGAUUAACCCGUCCUUGGGACCAGAUUGAGUUCUCUGCUUCAACCAAACUGAUAAAGACUGCGCUCGAACAGGGUGCCAACGUUUGGAACGGGGGAAUCCACUACGGAACUCCUAACAGAAAUUCCUUACACCUACUCAAACACUACUUCGAGCAAAACCCGCAGGAUGCGGACAAGGUCGUCCUCAGCAUCAAGGGCGCCUACGAUGGCAAGACCCACAUCCCGGACUACAGUCCGGAGGGCAUCCGGGCCUCCGUCGAAGAGGCCGUUCGAGUCCUUGGUAGCUGCAAAAAGAUUGACAUCUUCGAGUGCGCUCGAGUCGACCCCAAUGUCCCCAUCGAAACCUCCGUCCAGGCUCUCGCAGAACUCAUUAAGGAAGGCAAGAUCGGGGGCAUCGGCCUUAGCGAGGUCAGCGCCGAGACCAUACGCCGCGCGCACGCCGUGCACCCCGUCGCGGCAGUCGAGAUCGAGCUAAGCAUUUUCACGCCCGAUGCCGUAACCAACGGUAUCGCCGAGGCAUGCCACGAGCUCGGCAUCGCUCUCGUCGCCUACAGCCCCGUUAGCCGCGGCCUCCUCACCAGCGAGUUUCGCAAGCCUAAAGAUCUCCCCGCCAACGACAUGCGCCGCAUGUUACCGCGCUUCAAGUCGGACGCCUUCAUCCAGAACUUCAAACUUGUCGAGGCGGUCGAGAAGAUUGCCGAGCGCAAGGGUACGACGGUCGCGCAGGUGGCCAUCACUUGGGUACGGCGGCAGGGAGCCAUCCCGAUUCCCGGGUCGACAAAAGCGGAGCGAGUGGUGCAGAACUACGUAGACGUGGAGCUAAGCGACGACGAUUUGGAAGAGAUUUGGGCGCUAAUUAAGAGCUUGCCUAUCGCGGGACAGCGCUAUGGCAGCAAGUUUAAGAAGUAUCUCAACCACUCCGGCUACUCCAAGCCCCUGAGUGAGCCACCCGCCAAGGCUACAUCUUCAGUGCCCACGUCUGAGAGGUUGAAGGGCAAGGCGCGGAAGAAGGCUAAGAAACAGGCUAUCAUCAACCCAUUGCAGGCGCCUGAGGAGGAAGCGCCUGAGGACACGAUGCCGAAACACAUCAUCGCUAUAAAGGACUUCCUGCCACUGGCCCAAUUCGUCACGGGAAAGCUGUCCGACUCCUUGAAGGUCCCGGAAUCGUUCAUAUCAUCCCUCAAUCGUGUCAUUGAAACUCGCAAGCGGUUUUCUUCCAUGCUGGGAGGUAUUCGACGAUUCAAAGACUACCGUGGGGACAAUAAACAUGCUUUCUUUGUCACCGUUCUUGAGCGCGUUCGCGAUGCCUUCAAAUCCCAGGUGGGCGCCUUCGACGUAUCUGCUCUACAAGACGCGACCCGCGGCAUUGAAAAGGCUCUCAAGAAUGGUUCCAAGCAUGUUGACGGACCCAAAAAUAUGUUCGCCAUCCUAGACGUGUACGAGCCAUCUGAGGACUUCCUAGCUGCCCCAAAUAUCGAGCGUCAGGCUAAGGUUCCUGAAGUCUUCAUAGCUGAGGAAGACGACUCCGAUACUGCAGCCCUGUUCAUUUACACUGCGUACCUCAAGGAUCUCGGCCAACUCCGCGAAGAGGUUCUCCAGCUCUGGGCCGAGUAUAAAUCAGGAGAUAGAGACCUCGCCGCCGUUUCAAUUGCCACCAAUACCGCUCUGCAGCUUGCGCGCAAUAUGGAGCAAGAAAUUGCGACGUCGAUGGAGAAGCUUGGAGGUGCUAUGGAAGCCAUCCAAAUGUUCUAUGAGGCUGCUUGCGCAGCUCAAGGCCAGGACCCUCUUGAUAAGCAGUGGGGUGAUGAUUUGAACUUCAACUGCUACCAGGACGCCUCCGACCUAUACUUCACUACUCUCAGUCUUCUUCACGCCUUCAGCAGCAGCGAAUCGUCCUCAAACAUUCCGAAUUACAACGGGAAGUUUGGUUGGUACAAUGACAAGAAAAGAGGAACCACCGCUCGCGAGCGAUGGGCAGAGGAUAAGGCAGCACUCCUUGAAGUCUUCGCGGAUCAAACCAUGCUCUUUCAGCUGUUUCGGGGAUCCCCAGUUCAGGAUGAGUUCACCAAAGGAUUGAAAUACGUGAUGGACACGGGUAAAUUGGAAGUAUGGCUAUGCUUCUCCGCCCAAGUGUACCUCGAUAUUCUCAAGUCCCUCGGACCCUCAGUUCGAAACGGAGAGAGAGAUUUCCAGCGGUCCCUGAAGCCAAUCGCAGACAGUGUCGAAGAGGCUCUGCGUAUUCGUAGCAAUCGAGAGGGUGCGGUCAGGGAGAACAUGCAGGAUCUUCACAAGCUGGCAAUCUUAUGGGGGCCCGGAAAAGACCCAUUCAACGCCAUUCGCAUUGCAUCGAGGCUUCAGACAAGGACUUCAAACUUCCUAGAACAUCACCCGAUGUACUGCGGUCUCUUCUUGCAUUACGUCCGAACUCUCUUUCACCGCGUGGGGGCCGAGUAUGCUGCGAAGCCCGGUAACGUGAUGCACGGCAUCCAGCUCUAUCAGGCUCUCCAACAGGAAGGCUUGUUGCAAGACGGGGACAAAUGGGACGCUCUGGAUUCAAUGAUGGAGCAACAGGGCCGGACCGCCUUCUUCGUCGGCGAUCCCCCAGUGAACCCAGAAGCGUAUUUCAAGAACUUCGGGCUCUCAAAAAGAGUUUCGGCUGCGCAAUGGAUCUCGAAGCGCAACAAACCCAACAACAAUCGCGUUAUGACAUCAAAAGCUGGCAUUCGGAUCAUGAAGUUCAAGGGAGUCUGUUCUUGUUUGUUUGCCCCUAGGGUCUUGGACAACUCGGAUCCCAGAGGCCUUAACGCGGACGUCAUUGAUCAAAUCCUUGAGCGAAGUGGCUGGCUUAGCAAAGCAAGCAACGACGGCACCCCCUCCGACCCCGAAAAGCCCAAGAAGCACCGUGCCCUCCUCCUGUCUGAGCUAGUUCGUCAAGUCGCCCUCGCAGUUCAUGACGAGGUUCCCGAGCUCACUCUCGACUACUUUCACACCGACCACCUUUGCAAGGCUGUUUUGAAACGCGUGCGAGAAAACGUAGAUGUUAAGAAUGGCGGCUCGAUCGAGUCCAAUCAGCUCCGUUCGCUUCAAGCAGACAACCCAGGAGAUACUGUAGGUAUCGUUUUCGCUGCGGUUGUUGGCCACGUACCCGUUCUUUCUCCAGACCAGAAGGCGCCUCUCCGAGAGGCAGCUGAAGCUUUCAAGAGCAAGCCUACCUUGGAAGAUUAG